AUGAUACCAACAAAUUUACAAGGUUAUUAUGGCUGGUAUUAUUACCAUGAAAAUGGAUUUGACAAUAGGAGAUUUACUCAGAAAUUGCUUCCAUCACUUACAUCACCUACAAGCCACAUUGCAGUACUGUCAAAUAAUAUUCAAUGUUAUAAUAAUGAGAUAUCCUAUUUAAAAAUUAAAGAUCUAACAUAUAAAUCUUGGUGUUUUCCUAAUACUUUUAUAAUUACAAAAGAAGAAAAUGAACUUAUUAAUAGUACAAGGAUAAUCCAGGAGGAGCAAGUUUAUUUUAUGGAUGGAGCUAGUAUCUUAGUAAGUUAUCUUCUCGAUUUAGAUAACCAAAGUUCUAUCCUAGAUACAUGCGCGGCUCCAGGAGGAAAGAGCUUGAUUUUUAGCUUUAGAAUAUCCAGAUUGUUACAGCUUAAUACAUGUACUACUGAUAAAAAUAAUGUACUACUAGUUUGCAAUGAAUACAACUAUACUCGUCUACAACGUCUAAAAACUAUCCUAAAUAAAUAUUUAGGCAAGAAUCUUAUGAAUGAAUUGAAAAUUGAAUUAAUAAGAAGUGAUGCUUCUGAUAUCUCACUACUCAAGGCCCUUAAAAAAAAAAGGACAUUUAAUAGAAUACUUUUAGAUGCACCUUGUACAUCAGAUAGACACUUAUUACUAAAUAAGAGUAUCCAAAAUUGGUCAUUAGGGACUGUCAAAAAAAGUGCUAAAAAACAGUUAGAAAUCUUAUCCAAUAUAUAUCCUCUAUUAGAGAAGGGAGGAAUGUUAUUAUAUUGCACAUGUGCAUUAAGCUUAAUUGAAAAUGAUGAUGUUAUUUCUAAAUUUUGUAAGAAGUUUAGAUACAAUCCUAAUAAAUGUUUACAUGAUCUGUCCAAAGUGGUUAGCAGUUUUAAUAAUAGAAAUACUAAUAUUUGUUGUAUUAAUUUAAAUCCUCUUGAAAUGAAAUAUUAUAAACAAAAUGAAGAUUUUAAAUAUAGAGAAUUGGAUGAAUUAGAUACUUCAAUAUAUCAAAAUAACAAAGUCCAAACAAUAAAUAACAGCGACAAUGAAAAAAUUGACAAUAUUUUGGAAACAAAGUCAGAAAUAAAUGACUAUUUCAAAAAGGAAAUGGAUUUGUUGAGCUACAGACAACAAGCUUGUUCAGAAAUUAUUGAAACAGAUCAACAAAAUUUAGAAUCAAGGGAAUAUGAAGUAAUAAAUCAAGAUCUUAGCUAUUGUCAAUUCUUUAUGGAAUAUACAAAAUAUGGUGCAUAUAUAUUACCAGAUAGUAAUUGUGGAUUAGGCCCACUCUUUAUUUCAAUUAUAACAAAGUAA